AUGAGGGCUCCUUGUUGCCAGAAGAUGGGAUUGAAGAAGGGACCAUGGAGUCCCGAGGAAGAUCAUAUAUUGAUCUCUUACAUAGAACAAUACGGCCAUGACAAUUGGCGAGCACUACCAAAAGAAGCCGGUCUCUUAAGGUGUGGAAAGAGUUGUAGACUUCGGUGGACAAAUUACUUGCGGCCAGAUAUCAAACGGGGAAACUUUAGCAAGGAAGAAGAAGAAACCAUCAUCAGACUACAUCAAAAUCUUGGAAAUAGAUGGUCUGCCAUUGCAACAAAAUUGCCUGGACGAACGGACAAUGAGAUCAAAAAUUUCUGGCACACUCACUUGAAGAAGAAAGAGAAACAAACUUUUACCACACUUAAUCUCAAAGGACACUCCAUCGAUUCAACCAGAUGGGAGACAAAUGAUGCGAGACUGUUAGAGCCUGCAAAGUUUUCUGGUCAUAUGAGAUUUCACAAUUUAAGCUAUACUCAAAACCCUUCCCAAAGGUCUUCUGAGAACUUCUUGAAAUCAGAGCGUUACACAGCAACAACAAAAUCAGAAACUGAGGAAGGAAACAUAAAUGCAUCAAUGAACAUUCCUGAAAUAAAUGUAUUGAAAACAACUUCCAUUUCAAGCAUAUCGAGGGGAGUAGUGGAUCCAAGGCCUCAAUCUCUGUAUCCUGCAGAAAUAUCUACACAAAAAUCAGUGGAUGGCGUCAAUAUGGAUAUCAGCAAAGACAUGGUCUUCUGGUACAGUCUCUUCAUUAGAGCGGGAGGUAACAACUAG